CGGUUGGUAUUUCGCUGCGAUAUUCUCACGUGUGUCGAAAAUAUGAACUUAGAGAGAAUACCAAACGAGUCGUGUAUAAGAAUGAAGUUCAAAUGUUAGGAAAUACGUGUGCAGUUAACAUUUCGUCGUUUGUCAAAGGAGACGAUGUCCAAGAUUCAACUAACGUUACCGGAGGAAAUUUGGAUCCAUGUGUUUGGAUUUCUCUCGGAUCGCGACAAAUUAAAUGUUCGUUUAAGCUGCACGUACUUUAAGAGACUGAUCGACCACUGGUCCUUAUGGAAAGACAGCGUUGUCGUCCUCCAAAAGCGCUACGACUCACAUUUCUGGAAAACUCUUUGUCAAAGGAAAAUCAAGUCUAUUGUUGUUCAAAAGGCAACUGCAAAAGUCUUGCAACAAACUGUGGCUUGGCUGCCGUGGAUCGGUUCAGUGACUCUGGUUCAGUGCAGUGAUGGCACAGCGCUGGUGACACUGGGGGCUUUAAAACACCUCCAGAGGCUUGUCAUCCGUCAGUGUUGCUGUCGGAGUCUGACCAGCUCACUGCUGUCUUUGAGACAACUGACUCAUCUCUGCUUGUGUGAGGUCAAGAGAGCCUCGAUAUCGGAGAUAAGUGCUGCAGUUUCGCAACUUGUCAAUCUUACCACACUGAAGUACCAUGACGAUAAAAAUCCUAUCCAUAAAACUGCCCUUCAUGGCAUGCUGGGGCGUCUGCCCAACUUAAAACACCUUUCCUUGAGAUUGGGGCCAAAGUAUGGGAUUCUGCCUGGUGAUUAUUUUUGUCCAACUAAAGCAUAUGGACAUCCAGGUAUGUAUGCUUUGAGGAAAGAAAAAUAAGAGGAAGAAAUGAAGAAAGGAUUUUCACUUUGUAGAGUCAUCACCCAUCAUCCCAUCUUGUC